AUGAACAGAAAGAUCUUAUCUGUUUUACAACAAUUAACAAGUUUCGGAAGUACGAAAAAGUUUGCUCUGUCGACACUUUCCGGUUUGCAUUUCAUUGAGCUGACUCAACACAGCCAACACGUAUUCAAUGUGAAAUUAAAUCGACCGGAAACGAGAAAUGCGUUCACUGUUCCCUUUUGGAGAGAACUUCAAAGUGUUUUCGACCAUCUAGCAAUCAAUUCCGAAUGUCGUUCAAUUGUUCUCUCUGCAGCCGGAGAGUCGUUUUGUGCAGGAAUCAAUCUUAAAGAUGAGUUCGACCAUCUUUCGGCUAUUGUGCACAACAACACUUUGGACGUUGGUCGUAAAUCGUUAAAGCUUCGUGAGCUAAUAGCCACCUGUCAGGACAGCUUUACAUCGCUGGAAAAGUGUCCGAAACCAGUAAUCGCCGCGAUCCAUGGCCACUGCAUUGGGGCUGGAAUCAGUCUUGUGGCUGCUGCUGACAUACGUUAUGCUUCUAACAACACCGUCUUCUCUAUAAAAGAGGUGGACAUUGGCUUAGCUGCUGAUGUUGGAAUUUUGAAUCGAAUCAACAAGCUCGUUGGAAAUGACAGUUUGACUCGUGAAUUUGCUUACACAGCUCGUGAUUUCAACAGUUUGGAGGCAUUGAAGUACGGUUUCAUAUGUCGACAGUUCGAUAGCACGGAAGAGUGCUUAUCAGCGGCUUUAUCACUUGCGGACAACAUCGCUAUGAAAAGCCCGAUUGCUAUUCAAGGUACCAAAUUGGCAUUGAACUAUUCUCGCGAUCAUCCUAUUGACGAUUCGAUCCAAUUUAUCCGCAUUUGGAACCAAUCACAACUACAAUCCGACGAUUUGUUCCGAGCAAGCGCUGCUGCAUUUAGUAAUGAAAAGCCCAAAUUCAAUGAUGCUUAA